UAUGCGAUGAAUAGAAACAGUGCAGCAUUUCGUAGAUCAACAGUUGGUCGUGGAAAUAUGAUGAGAAUCCUUAGAAUUGCAUCGCACUUCAUCGAGUUAUCAGAAAAUUGAAACCCUCUGGCACAUAUUAGACACCAAGUUGUCCGAUUGAUGUGAUUCAUCAACAUUUACGCCCUUUCGAUAAAAAAAAGCGGUUCCAGCGGUUCGUGCAUUUACAAAAAUCGAAAAUGACACUGCGGUUUCAAACAAUUGCAACUAUGGCUUGCAUGAAGAGCUUUCUCAUGGCAUUCAACUUUAUAUUUUGGUUGUCUGGUAUCAUCAUAUUGAUUAUUGGGAUAUGGAUGAAGGUGGACCUUCAUAAGUAUACGGAAAUGAGUACUAAGUUCUCAAAUAUCAUUCCAUAUGUUCUAAUCGCGAUAGGUGCUUUCAUUUUUUUGAUUGGAACCUUCGCCUGCUGCUGCACCCUCAAAGGGCAACCCGGCCUUCUCUACAUUUACGGGGGAAUUUUGGCUGCUAUUUUCGUUCUUGAAUUGGGUUGCAGUUUUUCUGUUUAUACUUAUCGCGCGGAUUUGAUGGAAGGAUUAGAUGAAGGAAUUACCAAUGCCAUGAACAAUUACUACAACGAAACAGCAAAUAUCUCCGAUGAUUUCGAUGAGAUGCAGCUGACGUUGAAAUGUUGUGGCAGCCAUAAUGCCAGUGAUUGGUUGAAUAUUAAUCCCUCGAAAAUCCCGGCAUCAUGUUGUAUCAGAGAAAAUUGUGAUGUUUAUGAUGAAACUCAAAUAUUUCAAGAGGGUUGUUAUGAAAAGAUUAUCAAUUUUCUGAAGACCAACAUCGGGGGAAUUGGAUUGGUAGCUAUGGUGGUAGCUAUUUUUCCGCUGGUUGGAUUAAUAUUAUCAUGUUCUCUUGCUCGUUUAUUGAACAAACACAAAUACGAGCAGAUGUCCUAAAUCAUAAUCAUUCUGUUUUCAAUGUUCAUAUAUAUCUCAUGUUAAGAGAAUUUCCACUAUUGAAGUAAUUUCAACUCGAAUUAUGUUCAAAUGAGUAUAGGAAAUAAAUAAUUAAGGAAUAA